GAAAGAAAAUGAAUUGUUUUAUGUCAAAACUCUUUUCCUUCGUUUAUCGGGCAGUGAAUUUAUCUGGCCAAAAUGACUGAAGGUACGGCUACCAUCAGGACGAGGAAGUUCAUGACCAACAGACUGUUGGCUCGGAAACAAAUGGUAGUAGAUGUCUUGCACCCAGGACAGCCCUCUGUUAAAAAAACAGACAUUAGGGAAAAACUAGCCAAGAUGUACAAGGUAACCCCAGAUGUAGUUUUCGUAUUUGGAUUCCGUACGAACUUUGGUGGUGGCAAAUCUACAGGCUUUGGCCUAAUCUACGACACCUUAGAUUUUGCCAAAAAAUUUGAGCCUAAACACAGGCUGGCUAGGCAUGGACUAUAUGAGAAGAAACAGCAGACACGUAAGCAGCGUAAAGAAAGGAAGAAUAGGAUGAAGAAAGUAAGGGGUACAAAGAAGGCCAAAGUUGGUGCUGCUUCCAAAAAGUAAGAAGAUAUGAACUUGGCAAGCUUUCCUGCAUUGUAUGGCCCAUAUCCACAAUCCAUGGAGAUUCUACAUAUGUGUUGUACAAUUCAAAAGCUGUUGUUAUUAAACCAACACCUUUUUACAUAAAAUAUAUUUAUAAGUAAG